AUGGCAAUUGUUAACAACAGCACCUUCUUAUUCAUACUGAUGGAUCUUCCCGGACUGGAGAGUGCUCAUUGUUGGACAGCUAUUCCUAUCUGUUUUAUCUAUGUUCUUUCUGUGUUGGGAAAUGUCACCAUUAUGUACAUUGUCAAGUCUGUGCCCAGUCUCCAUACACCCAUGUACCUCUUUCUCUCCAUGCUUUCAAUGGCUGACCUAGGCCUCUCAGCAUCCACAUUGCCUUCCAUGGCAGCUGUCUUCCUCCUGAGUCAGAGGAAGGUGGAUGCUGCAACUUGUUUUGUGCAACUUUUCUUCAUCCACACUUUCUCUGUCAUUGAGUCAGCUGUGCUUUUGGCUAUGGCUUUUGACCGCUGCGUGGCUAUCCGAGAGCCUUUACGUUACGCCACUAUUCUUACAACCAAGCGCAUCGGGGCUAUUGGACUAGCCAUCGUGACUCGGAGUGCUGCCCUCCAUUUGCCCCUGCCCGUGCUCCUUGGACGAUUGCAAUUCCAGCCAAUGAAUGCACUAGCUCAUUCCUAUUGUGUUCAUCCUGAUGUUCUAAGGCUGGCCAGGUCCAGCACUCGUGUCAACAGUGGCUUUGGACUCUUCGUAAUGCUCUCCACUCUAGGACUAGAUGCUGUGCUCAUUCUCUUAUCCUAUGUGCUAAUCUUGAAAACAGUGCUGAGCAUUGCUUCUAACGCUGAACGGCUUAAAGCCUUUAACACCUGCAUUUCCCAUAUCUGUGCUGUACUACUAUUUUAUACCCCAUUAGUCAGCCUUUCCAUGAUCCAUCGUUUCGGGAAAAAGAAAUUACCAGCACAAGUAUAUAUGCUUCUCUCUUACCUGCACUUUCUUGUGCCUCCAAUGCUCAAUCCAAUUGUCUACAGUGUAAAAACCAAAGAGAUUCGUGUACGCAUUUUGAAGAUGUUACAUCGCAAAAAGCUCUGA